GCCGCUGAGUGACGCGGAGGCGCAGGGCGGCCCGGGGAUUUGCUUUGCUGCGGCCGCUGCCUCCGUUCCCCCUUUCCCCGCCCCCUUUUCCCGGGGAGGAAAGUUACUUUGCAGCCGCGGGCCAGGGCGUUUGCAGCUGCGGGGAGCCUCCCUCUUUCCCCGGCCAGGAGUUUGCAGCGUAUCGUCCUCGCAGGGGGCGGGGGAGCGUCUCUCCUCUUCGCAUUGCACCGUCCCCAGCAGGAGCCUCCCGGGUCCUCUGGCGCUCGGGCAGCCUCGCCCCGCGAGCCGGGCUGUGCAUUGCCCUGAGCCGGAGCGAGCCGCCCUUCCGCAGGGGCGCCCCGGGGGGAGCUUCUCCCCGCCCCUCCCGGAGCCAUGUCCCUGCUGCGGGUGGCGGAGCAGGAGCCGCCGCUGCAGCGCUGGCUGCCCACCCACGUCCAGGUGACCGUGCUGCAGGCCCGGGGCUUGCGGACCAAGGGAGGCGGCGGCGGGGGAAAGCCGGGCACCAGCGAUGCUUACACCAUCAUCCAGCUGGGCCGGGAGAAGUACAGCACCUCGGUGGCGGAGAAGAGCACGGGCAGCCCGGAGUGGAAGGAGGAAUGCUCCUUCGAGCUGCCCCCGGGGGCCCUGGAGCGGGAGGAGCCGGCGGACUGGGGAGGGGGCUCCCCCCGGGGCAAGGGGGGCUGCGAGCUGGUGCUCACCGUCAUGCACCGGGCGCUCAUCGGCCUGGACAAGUUCCUGGGCCAAGCCACCGUGCCCCUGCAGCCGGUCUUCAGGGAGAGCCGCUCCAUGAAGAGCCAGUGGCACAAGCUACAUUCCAAGGCCGGGAAAAAGGAGAAGGAGCGAGGAGAGAUCCAGGUCACCAUCCAGUUUACCCGCAACAACCUGACGGCCAGCAUGUUCGACCUUUCCAUGAAGGACAAGCCCCGGUCGCCCUUCGGAAAGCUGAAGGACAAAAUGAAGGGGAAGAAGAAAUACGACUUGGAAUCUGCCUCUGCUAUCAUCCCCAGCAGCACAGGGGCCCUCGACAUGGAGGAGGACUACGAGCUAGGGCGCAAGAAAUCCAAAAGCAAGGGCAGUUUCUUCAAGAACAAACUCCGCAAGUCCUCCCUGACCCAGUCCAACACCUCGCUGGGCUCCGACAGCACCAUCUCCUCAGCCAGCGGUAGCCUGGCUAACAACUUUGGCAUAACCGUCAACGUUCCUGAGGGAACCAAACCCCCGAGUAGACACAGCAGUCUAUCCACAGAGCACUCUGUUAAAGACUAUCUGCCUUCGCCAAAAUUAACCCACAAGAGAGCAUUCAGUGAUGAGAUCUCCCAGGUUAAUGUGGUAGCAGAGCCGAAAGCAAUCCAAAGCCUGAAACCAAAGAAUGACCUUGUCUCCAGAUCCUCUCUCUGUGUCAAUGGAAGCCAUGUUUACAGUGAUGAACCUGCACCAAAGAGCCCGAUGUCUGGCCUACCGAUCUCCUCGCCGUUGUCCCUGCCUCUACAGAAUAUCGCCAGAAAGUCCGAGGAGGGUUUCCAUGCUGGCUUCCCUCCUCCUGACUCUGAAGACCUGCCAUGGGGAGCCAGCAGCUUUGAGAAGGGGCAGCAGAAGGAUGAGCCCAGAUUCCUUCCCUCUCCUCCCAGCUUAGCAGUACAAGAGGAGAACAAGGUCUCAACCAAAGCUGUAACCCUCAGCAACCAUCUAGGCAGAGCCAAGUUGGAAGAAGGCAGCCGCUUAGAGACCAAACCCAUGCAGAUCGCAGCACCGAUGGUCUUCUCCAUGGAGGUGAUGAAAGACAAGCCCCUUGAGGAAACCAGAAAAUCCAAGGUCAGCCUCUUCCACCACGGGGGCGCCAAAAGUGAUGCAGGGAACAAGAGCUUGGGAGAGAAGCUGGGAUCAUCCCUCACCGUAUCUCCACAAGUAACAGCUGCUGGAGAUGAGAAGAGUAAGAGCAGCAGCUGGUUUGGAUCCAAGGACACCAAAGAACCUUCUCAGAAACCCAGUUUCCAGUCUGGGUCGCAUGCUACCAAAGAGGUCGUUGGGCACCUUUACUCCUCUGAGGAUUACAGUCUCUCCGCCUCCAUAGGACUUAACAAACCACAGCAGGAGUCUUCAACCCAAAGCACUGGCGCCCCUAUUCCAGAAGCCACUCCCACAUCCCAAGGACUCCGCCCUCCUCAAGAACAGACUCCUGCUGCCCCUCCCGUCUUUGACUGGGAUGACACCUUUGAUGCCUUUGCAACGAGUAGACUCAAACCAGAAAUUCUAGAGGAAAGCCUUUUGGCGUCUGUAGUUAUGGAGGGCCUGGCCUAUGUCGAUGAUCCAAGUCCAACAGAAAUCCCAGCUGAACUGGUUCAGGAAAACAAGACUGAGAUAGCUAUGGCUGAGCCACAAGCUGCCGAUGAAGUGUCUCUAAGUCCAGGGACCUGGGCAGAUGUCACGAUCUUAAAAGGAAUGGAAGCAAACUUACUGAAAACAGCGCAGGAAGCUACACUGAGAGGUGAUGGUGUGUUGGGUCAUUUGCCUUUAAGUUCUCUGUUGGAGAGUGAGAAAACGAGCACCACUCCACCUUUGUCAACCUGGUCUGCAGUGGGAGCUUUCGGGAAGGAGGAGGAUGCAGCAGCAUUGGCCACUCAAAAUAGUGCCAGAGUGAAAUGGGACAGAGAAACGGUGCAUGGAGAAAAAAUGACUGUAGCAUACAAUGGGGAGGAGCCCAGUAGUGCCGGGGAAGACGAGUGGACGACCACAGGCACAGAAACAAUUGGCGGGCUAUCGGAAAGUGACCGAACCGUUGCCGAGAAGGAACAUGAGGUUCAGGAGAGCAGGUUCAGGCCAUGCCCACCUUCCGAUGAGGGCAUCUUCGAAGAGGAAAGCAGCCCUGUGAGUGCCCCGGAUCUAUUGACCAAAAGCAGUUUAGUCUCGCAGAAACCCAGUGAGGCACUUCCUGGGAAUAACGCUGCCCUACCAUCGUUGGUGUCGAACCUGGACGCAGCAGAGAAGCUGUCAGCUGUAGUCAACGUUGGUGAUGGUCAGGAUUCUAGUAACACAGAGGGGAUGAUUGAUAUAAAGCCAGUUGGAGGUGGGCUUCAGAUUACUGCACACCUGGAGGCAGAUGAAGCCAGCAUGAAACUAGGUUCUGACUUUCACGAGAGAUGCAUCCCCUCCGCUGCAUGGACUGAGACCCCAGAGAGAGAGGAGGAGAGCAGCGGGGCAGCAGGUUUGGAGAUGACCAGGGGGGCACCACCGCCAAAGCCUCAGAGAUGGUUCACACCAGGGGAUUUCAGAGAGGAAGGUGAUGAGGCCAAUUUGGAGACACAGCGGAGCCAGCAAGGCAACGAAUGUCAGUGUGAAAAUGAGGAGGGCCCAGAGGUGGCAAUUCACCUGCAAUAUAUCCCUGUAAGCCGAGAGAAUGUUUCCCCAGUGACUCCCAGCCCACCUGCGUUGGGAGCAGUGAUAAUUGAAGCAAAAGCGAGGUAUGUCCCUUCGGUCGCUGGAGCUGCUGAUUCCCCCUCAGAGGACUGGGUGUCUAGUUUGAAGGCAAGAGCUAAUGAGUUCACAGAACGGGACACCUCUUCUGGGGAAAACCUGCUAGAGGUAAAUGAGGAGGCUGGGGCUGAGCAGUUCGAGACUUGCCCUUCGAAAUUCUCACUAGACAGAUUAGGCCUGCCAGAUGCUGAAGAAGACGCAAACGAAUUGGAAAUGGUAAAGCCCGGCUUCCCUCCCCAGUCACUAAAGUUCACUGAGCGACACUCCGGCACUGAGUGGGGCUUGUCGGAAACUGCACCGGCGUUCCCAGAGAUGAGCGAAACACUCCCUGAGCAGCUGAUUCCAUCAGACCCCGAUACUCCCAGAGAUCCAGAAUCCAGCCAAUCAGUGCUGUUCUGCAUGGCUGUGGAGGAGCAGCGGCCAGCUACGCCCUACCCAAGCCCCAGCCCAGCUAACCAGCUUGAAAGGUCAGCUCUGCAGGAGCAUCCCUCACAGCCAAAGCCUAAACUGAGACAGGGAGAUAAACAGGGCCAUCCUAGCAAAGCAUCAGCCCAGCCAGUCGAACGGGAGCCUCAAACCCUAGCAGCGUUAGUGAGCCCCACCAGGGCGUCGGAGCAGAGUGGCUAUUCAGCUGACAGGCCCGAGCCAUUGUCGAGUCAGCGGCUUAGCCGGUCAGCAGAUCGAGUGAUAGACUUCAAAAAGGCUGACUUCUGGAGGCCAGUGAGCGAGGAGCAGAGCAGAGAGCAGGAGGACAUUUCAACCCUGGGCAACCCUUUCACCCCCAGAGUCAGCCCCUCUUCCCCAAACAAUCCCUUUGUGGAAAAGCCACCAGAUGUGCUCCCGAUUCAGGCCACAUCACCUGAAAUGCCUGGUCAGGGAGGCUUAAACUUCAAAGACCUUCAUGAGGAAGCUGCUCCACAUGGCUUCCCGCCUGCUAACCUCCCAGGGGACCAGCUAGUUGAGUUUCCUUUCUUGCAUGGCAACCAGCCCUUGGCCUUCUCCACACCUUCCCUUGUGGCCGCGACUAACCCCCAGCAGUUCAAUUUCCCUUCCCCCAUCGUGUGCCCUACAACUGUUGGGGUGCCUGCAGUGACCAGCCGGGCAGCAGCCCAGUCCUCCUGCCCUUUGCUGCAGACCGGUGGCAUGAAAGUCUCAACGCUCACGGUUUUGCCCAAGGAGACACAGCCGGCUGAGAAGCCCUCUUUCCAUCAGACAAGCAGUCCUCAUCCAGUGAAGCCCAUAAGUGCUGCUGUGGCAGAGGUCUCUGGGGAGAAGAAGCAGCACAGGUCCACCCUGACCACUGCCCUGAGCAGUGGCCUGGAAAAGCUGAAGACUGUCACCGCGAGUAGCGUGGAGAAAGUGGAGUCCAAGAAGCUAAAGGAUACUGCUCUGCCGGACCAGUCUGCCAAGUAUUAUCACCUGACCCAUGACGAACUCAUCCAGCUGCUGCUGCAGAGGGAGAAAGAGCUGAGCAGGAAGGAGGAGCACGUCCAUGAACUGGAGAACUACAUUGACCAGCUGCUGGUGCGCAUCAUGGAACAGUCUCCCACCCUCCUUCAGAUCCCCCUAGGAAAAAACACGACCAGCAAGUAACUUCUUUUCAGAGAUCUCCUUGGCAUCACUUGCCCCCAGCAUUCCUGGAAUAAACACGCCAAAGACACCUGAUUCUGCCCCUGCAACACACGCUGUCCCCACCUCUUACAAGUGAAACCCAAGAGGGCUCUGGUGGCCCAUACAAAUUCCCCGAGGGUCAGUAAAGACUAGCUGUAUUGCCUAACAAAUGUGCUCUAGCUCCAGGAAACGACCACAUCGGAGCAUAGAACACUGCAGUGCCCAGCCCAGGAACUGGACUUCUCUGCCAUGGCGUGGCAGCAUGGUUCAGGAACAUCUCUUGCCAAAGCUGUAAGGAGUCCAUGGAAGUGGAUGUCUGAGAACUGGAAAUGUGCCAUCUAGCCCCUGACUUCAAGCUACCGGCUGUGCCCGUGUUCCCAAAUGACCCUGGUCUCUCAGAAAUGGGGUGUCCUGGCUUGCUAGAAAGUUCUCUGAAUCACUGCUGCCACAGCUGAGGAACCUUACGUGGGCACCUGAAAAUCACAAGUGUGUGGCUCUUCCCCAUGUUGCUGUGCAUGCUAGCGUGGCAAGGGGCGAAAGGGAGGUCUAGCUUCACCUCUCUUUGUAUUUCGAUGGGAACCGUUUCUUUGCCAGCCCAUAGGAAAGGGUCCCCCAUCCAAUUAGCAGGCUCCUCUCUGAGCACUAAGUCCCUGGCCAUAUGGGAGAUGAGACAAGAAGUGUCACUGAUGAAAUUGGCUGAGUGCGACUAAGCAUGUGUCAGUGCUGGAGCACGAGCUGCAUUGGUAACUUUACUGCACGUUUGCCUCUGUGACACAACCAACUCUUCCUUACCCAGCUCACAACAGAAAUUCAUCCCCAGGGCUUCCAGGGAAGGAGUCUGUUGAUGUUCAUGCAGCAUCUGUCCCAUAGAACUUCCUUCACAAAGCCACCUUAUCCAGCACCGAUGUGUGUGCUGCAGGCACACACUAUGGACUCUUGUUGGCAUCAGUCACAGCUGAUAUUUCUGCACAGUAUUAUCUCAUUAUACGCCUCUUUCCGUGUUUACAGGGAGUGUUUGAAACCACCAUGGCCCUUGACACUACUUGCCUACUUCUUUGUAUGUGUCUUUUUUUAAUAAGCCUGGAAGAUGCCGUAAGAAACAGAAGCUAGAGUGUGACUGCUCAGCCCUGUCUGCGUGCAUGACAGCCCUUUUAGCCAGACGCCAGACAGCUACAAUCUGUAAUAAACUAGCAAUUCACCACUCUAAAAUACCCCCAGGAUUAACAUUAUGUUUAGGGCUUUCUCCCAUCUAUUUUGACAUCAAGACUCUUAAGUCUUGUGCCAGUGCCUAGAUGUUUCACUGGGCCAGCACUCUCAGGAGGUGUAUAUGUAGCGCUAGAUUUUGGGGCCUCGAUGAACAAGCUCCUCGUUGGCUGGCUGGUUUAGUAGUUGCAAAUGUGAGUCCGAGGCUUGACUAUGAGUGGUACACCUGGCCACAGCAAAAAACACCAUAGCUGCUGGUUCUGAUGUGCACUUGUGCGGGGACAGAAGUUGCUGUUGUCUUCCAUUUUGGCUUUUAACGUGUCAGUUUCUUCUCUCUGCUCCAUCAAGGCAUUGGGUGGCGGGUCCUCUUGCAGGUGAAGAAGCGGCCGUGUUAUCUCAUCGAGACGGUGAGGACAGGGCCUGGCACCUAACUCAACUUGGACUUCAGUGUCCUCAGCCUGGCAUAGGGCCAUUGUUUCCACUGGAGCCCCUGGAGUUUUUAAGCCUUUUUCACAUUCUUUCACUGUUACCUGUUUAAAUGUAUUAAAAGCGACUUUGGAAAGUUGUGCCUUUUGUAAUAGAAUAAGGGCAGUUUCCUGCUAAAAUGGUUGAUUCUUUAAACCCAGCCUGCAAGCCAAUGUAUCAUUGCCCUUACCUAGCCCAGCCUUGCAAAAUUCUACUUGCCCCCAGGCUCAGGUAAGUUGGGGGCGGGUUUGUUUGUUUUUUAAGGCAGAUAAAACCAACCAUCCUGGGCAAAGGGUGAGCAAGUCUCUUUGUGUUCCGGGGGUGGGACGCUUUUAUGUAAGGCUGGUGUAAAUGAGGUUUUCCAGAAGGAUAGUAAUACAAGGUGUAUGUGCCAAGGUCAAUGGUGCCUGGGUAAAGCUAGUGCUAGAACCUGUUAGAGAGUCAUGCCCAAUGGAAGCGUGAGUCUGCCAGGAAGGAGAGAGCUUUUGGAACAGGAGGCAGCAUGUUGAUGGGUGAAGAGGUUUUAAAAGGGGAUCUGAUAUUACAGUAAUUGAGGAUUUCUGGCCAUGAGCAUUUUGGUCCUAUUUGCCUUUGUUUCUAAUAGGAAGUCUGGGGUAUGCACUUGUCUGCCUGCAUUGUUGUUUGUGUGCAUGUGUCUCGGGGAGGGUGGGGGUAUGUUUAUAUUGUACAGUUUAGGGUUUUAAGAAAUGUAUCCAGCUUUUUUUCUUCAUACAAGUUCAAGUACCAAGAGCUUCUCUUUGCACGUACAAUCAAAAGGUUCCCCUGAAGUGAGAGCCAGGUCCCUUUCCUGGUUGUAUGCCUCUUGGAAAAGGUCUUCCUUUUAUUUGAGGAGUUGCAUCCAGUCUGGUUUAAGGAGGCAAAAUUUGUGUAAAAACAAUUGUGCAACUAAACCUACCACACCAGGGUGUGGAAGGGAGGGCAUGGUCAAAGACAGGUGAGCUGGAAUAUGGAGGCCUGUGUCAGAUGGGCAUUAUAAAGGAGGGAAAUCGGUAGUAUUUCAUCUCUGAGAAUAAAUGUGUCCACACUAGCUUUUCGGCAGCCUGUUUAUAAAAGAUGCCUACCCUGUUCUGUCUGUCCUCUGAAAUAUACCUGCUUCCCUGUGGUGGCACAACUCACCGAUGGGGGACUGCCAUCAUUUCACUGUUCUUCCAGUGUAUCAUGCAGCAGAAACAUACGAGACCAGAUCAUGCUGCCUGGUGCCAAACCGUUCCUCCUGUUGGCUUGAUCCCUGGACGGCCUCUAGAGCCAAUUAAUUGCUCUCUUGGAUAGUCUUUCUUGUAGGAUUUUGUUUAGUCUUCUCAUCCUGAGGACUGACUUAUUGUAGGUGCUUUCCACACCCACACAAGUGCCAGUGUUUUUAAAGAGCUCUCUGCACCCCCUAUCCGCUGCUUCUUAAUCCUUUUGUUAUGAUUUAAUCACAUCUACAAAAUCUCUCUGCCUUAGUUGGUUUUCUGCCUUUUCAAAGCUUGAAUGUUGGGCACUUUAUUUAGUCAAGAUAACCCUGAAGAACUGCAUCACAAAGAACUGUACCAGGACAAUGGCCUUGUUGAACGAGAAGUGUGUUUCCUUUCCUCCUCCCUCUGUAUGUCACUGCUGUGGGAUUGAACCCCACAGACCACCUUGCAUCAAAAGAAUCCACUCAGUGAAAAGUUGUACAUAGCUGAAAACGCUGCCAAGUGGAUACAAUAGCUUUAAAAUCUCCAUGCCUUGAUUCUACACUAGCAGAGAUGCUCUGAGAAGCCACUUGGGAGACUCAGCCUUCCUGGUGGAGCAGGUUCAGCACGGGCAGCAUGGCAUCUGAGUUAACCAAAGUUAGUGUGUGAGCAGUAUGACACAAACCAAAUGAUUGUCAUGGCUAAGAGGGUGUUGUCCCUCCCCUGUGUUGGGUAUCAUCUAAUUGACCGUUAGACUGUUCAGAAGUCAGGCAUUUGUGAUUGAAUGUUGGUUAGGGAAAGGCAUCCUUGAGGAGAGGUGUCUUUGGUAAGUCCCAUUUACUGUUUUGUCCUCCAUUUCUCCACUGCCUUACAAAUCUUUCUCCCCAAGUGAUUAUGCGCCACAUAACGGAGCAGAGAAUGUUAAAUAUGCCACAAGUGUCCAGAGUGUUAAACCAGAGUGGCUAUUUAAUUAACUUCAUCUGGUACUAAAAAAAAUGUAUUGGAGAGGCUGAUGUGAAGAUUUUAAAAUGUAGAUGUCUUACAAAAAGGAGGCAGGGGAGAGUAGAGUACCACAGAAACGUAUUUGUUCUAAAAACGAUUGAUGCUCCUCUCCUGUGUCCGUAUUUAAAGGAGGCAGUUGUGUAAAAACCAGUUGAAAGUAUGUCACCAUUGUCCCUAUGUACCAAUCUAAUGCUGGAACUGUCUUGGUGAGGGUUCGUCACUGUAGGUGAGGUGACUUUAGUAUGUAUAGAUCACCUUCUGCUGUCAACAGUGUGGCUGUUUAUUCAGUUUGAAACAAGGCCAUUCCCGUAACUUUGUCUUUCAUCCCAGUAUAGUCGGCCUCUUCCCCCCACAACUGCUUUGCAGGGUUUUUCUGCAGAUGUGCAGCGCCAUGCUUUGUUGUCAGCCCAUAGGGUCAGUUAACUUUUUUUAAAAGGAAGCCCAUCAAGCAGUCUGUUUCUUUAUUUUCUCUUUUGGCCAGGGGUGAAGGGAGUAUAGAAGAUGUCCAGUGAUGACCUUAAACUGGAACAAACCGGAAGGGAUUUGGAUACUGAACAGUGUCUUGUAAACCCCGUCUAUUUGAGUUGGAUGAUACUGUGUUUUUUUUUUACAAACAAGAUGUUCUGUGCUAUAAACAUGUUGGAAAUGCACCCAAAAAAACAGGGUUAAGACUGUUCAAAUCUGGGGGGUAUGUUGAUUUCCCUAUUCUUCACAGAGUUGGAAAGUGUUCUGCUUAUGUUUCUUGAUUUAAUAGUUGCAACUAAUGUUUAUAAAGAGCUUGUUAUUUACGUUUUAAGCACUUUAAAAAAAAUAAAAAUUGUUCAAACUGUU